UCGAUGGGGCGGAACCUGCUGGCACGGGCCGUUUCUUCCGCGAACCAGGGACCCGCCCGACCCCUUUCCCCUGUUGCUCCCGUCCGGCGCCAAAGACGGAGAACUUCCGGCGCGCUUCUGCGGCCCCUGGACCUCGGCGAGACACCAGUCGCAGAAUAGAAAAGUUUUCUUUUUGAUCACUCACCCCUGGCCCCAUGGCUGCCAUGCAGAUGGAUCCUGAGCUUGCCAGGCGCCUCUUCUUUGAAGGGGCCACUGUGGUCAUCCUGAAUAUGCCCAAGGGGACAGAGUUUGGCAUUGACUACAACUCCUGGGAAGUGGGGCCCAAGUUCCGGGGCGUGAAGAUGAUCCCGCCGGGCAUCCACUUCCUCCACUACAGCUCUGUGGACAAGGCCAAUCCCAGGGAGGUGGGCCCUCGCAUGGGCUUCUUCCUUAAUCUGCAGCAGCGGGGGCUGAAGGUCCUACGCUGGGAUGCGGCCCGGGAAGAGGUCGACCUGUCCCCAGCCCCAGAGGCUGAGGUGGAAGCCAUGAGGGCCAACCUCCAGGAGCUGGACCAGUUCCUGGGACCUUACCCCUACGCUACGCUCAAGAAGUGGAUCUCCCUCACCAACUUCAUCAGCGAGGCCACCGUGGAGAAGCUGCAGCCCGAGAGCCGGCAGAUCUGUGCCUUCUCAGAGGUGCUGCCCGUGCUCUCCAUGAGGCACACCAAGGACCGGGUGGGGCAGAAUCUCCCGCGCUGCGGCGCCGAGUGCAAGAGCUACCAGGAGGGCCUGGCCCGGCUGCCCGAGAUGAAGCCCAGGGCCGGCACCGAGAUCCGCUUCUCCGAGCUGCCCACACAGAUGUUCCCGGCAGGUGCCACGCCGGCCGAGAUAACCAGGCACAGCAUGGACCUGAGUUAUGCCCUGGAGACUGUGCUCAGCAAGCAGUUCCCCUGCAGCCCCCAGGACGUGCUCGGUGAGCUCCAGUUUGCCUUCGUGUGCUUCCUGCUGGGGAAUGUGUACGAGGCCUUUGAGCACUGGAAGCGGCUCCUGAACCUUCUGUGCCGGUCAGAAGAGGCCAUGGUGAAGCACCACAGCCUCUACGUCAACCUCAUCUCCAUCCUGUACCACCAGCUCGGCGAGAUCCCUGCCGACUUCUUUGUGGACAUUGUCUCCCAGGACAACUUCCUCACCAGCACCUUACAGGGUUACCACAGACCUUCAGUUUGUAGAAACAUGCAGUGCCGUGAAGUGCAGUGAAACAGCGUAUACCUGUGUUUUAUCAUCACACCAGCCGUGACGAGCUCCACUCACCUGCUCCUACACCUCCUGCUGUCAGCUGUCACCUCUGCACGUUUCCUGUACCUUAUUGUGUUUAGCCCUCACAACAGUUUAAGAAGUUAAGUAUAUAAUCCCAUUUUACUGAUUUCCUUACUGAUGAGGAAACAAAUAAUUUUGCCCAAGAUUGCCAGAGCUGGUGGAUGACAAGGCUGAACUUUAAUUCUGAAUCUCCCAUAUGUGAUUAGAGCCCCAGAUAAAACAUCCUAAAUUCUUUAAAUUGACCUUAGAAAGCAUGAUUGCUGCUGCUUUUUGUCUUCUUGAUAAUCACUGUGAAGUGAUAGUCUUGCUUUUAACACCACUUUCUUCUUCUGCAAGUGAAAAUAAAAUGUUCUACCCCUGGCUAGUUUCAUUCUAAGUUGAAUAAUCAUCUGGGAGUUUAAAAAAUUAGAAAAUUGCAUCUUUUUGGUCUAGCCAAAAAAUAGGAUAAGAAGUGACUCAGCUAUCUACCAUGGCAUUUGGAAUUUCUCAAGGUGACCUGACUGAACUCAAUUUAUUUAACUUGGGUUUAAAAGAAAGCUUUCACUUUUCUGACUAAAAUAAUUUACAAUUUUACAAUAUAUAGACUUAAUGGUAGAUGUAUUAAUACCUUUUUUUACAGUUGAAGAAAAAUCCCCAAUGGGUUUGCUUUUAGUUUUAGAUAAAUACAGAUGUUUGUAAAAUGUUAUUUUUCUAUUUCAAAAGUAUUUUAAAAAUAUCCAGGGUUAAUAUUCCCAUAUUAAGGUGAUUCAUUUCUCAGUGAUUUUAAAAAGUUUACUGUUUCACAGUAACCAGAUCAUUACUAAAUUUACAUAAGAAGGCAUACAAUUAAUCUAAAAACAAGAGAAUCAAAGUAAAUUGUCUAAACAUCUGUCUCAAUGUGAAACUGUCUAAAUAUCUCCUCUUCUGAAUGGUGAAUUUUGUAAACUCUUGGGACAAAAAUAGAUCAGUGGGUCCCAGGGCUAGGGACAGGGGAGGAUUUGAUCCCUAAGGGACAGCAUGAGGGAAUAUUUUUGGAGUGAUGGAAUUGUUCAAUAUCCUGAUAGUGAUGGCAUGUGGGCCUUUAAACUCAUAGAACUAGGUACCAAAAGAAAAAGCUAUAAACAGAUAUUUAUCUGUCUUGAUUAUGUCAUAUACUGGUUGCCUGGGUAUAUUGUUGUUUGUUGUUUAGUCGCUCAGUCGUGUCUGACUCUGCGACCUCAUGGCCUGUAGCUUGCCUGGCUCCUCUGUCCAUGGGAUUCUCCAGGCAAGAACACUGGAGU